AUGCCUCGCAACCGUCCAACCAGAGUAGCCAAAAAGGUUAAACUCGAUACCGCUGCCACCGAUACUGAUGUCGACGAUGCCUUGCAGUCUGGCGAUACCUUCGAACAAGUGUUUGGAGGAUAUGCUGAUGUGGCUGAUGAGACAUCAGACGCUUCUGAUGACUCCUACUAUGGAACCAAGCGCAGACCGGCAGUCUUAAGGCGUGCUCGCAAACAGGCAAAACUCCGCUCUCGCAAGUUGACGUUGAACAAACCACCUGUUACCGAAGCCCCUGCAGCUGAUCCAAUGUCCGAUAUCGAAUACGAUUCCGAGGUUGGCGACGAAGUUCAGUGGUUGAAACCUCAUCCUCGCACUCCGCCAAAAUCUGCAAAAGAAGGUCGUAUUCCGGACGCAUCUGCCACACCUGCCAACGCUGUUGCGAUUACCAAGCGUAGUCCAUCGACUCCUAAUAUCCUCGAGAUUCAUGUGAACAUGGGACCCAAGAGCGGCGGCUCUACUAUCAACGUUGACCUCACACCCCUGCUGAACGCGUCCGGUUCUGGGGGAGCUUUGACAAUCAGCCCCAACGCUGUGACUUUACCCGAUGACAGCACUACAGUUGCGCUCAACUCCUCUGCAGCUGCCCCUAGCCUGCGUAUGCAACGUCUCAACGAAGCGAAAGCCCGACUGCUCAAAGCAGACUCACCAAAAAAGCGCAAGACUGGGUUCACCGACCUCCCUAGCGAGAUACGUAUCCGUAUCUACCGCUCUGUCUUUGUGACUGAAUUCCAGAUCAACUUACACACCCGCCAGAACUUCCAACGCUCUUCAAGCCUGCUGUCAACCUGCAAACUUGUCCACGAAGAAGGUCGAGCUGUUCUGUAUGGUGAAAAUGCGUUCCAUCUUGAGAGAUCCUACACGUCACGUGGCAGAUUCUUUGACGAGGACUGGCGAGAGAUCGGCUUCAAAGACAUCCGUCGCUUCUUGGAAACCAUCGGCACCACCAACAUUUCCAUGAUGCGCUACAUCUCUUUCGAAUUUGCUGACACCAACAAAGCCAAUACUCCUGUCGAAGAGGUCGAGCGCCGAUGUGUCAACGAUCCUGUUGUCUGGCAUUGCCUAGAAUUGAUUGGGAACAAUGCACGUCUCGAGAAGUUCGUCUUCCAGUUCUCUGGCCGCAAGAAUCUUGAUCGAAAUGAUCUGCACUUUCUUCGCGCUCUCACAACCAUCAAAGCAAAGAAAGUCACCAACCUUGCCAACUUCAGUGGUGGAUUCAAGGUCAAGCCGGAGUUGUUUGCUGAUCUCAAGAAGCUCAUGGUGCUACCGCGGGAUGAUGCUGACGAGGUCGACGAGACGAAGAAAAAGCCACCUACUGUUGUCAUGCAUCAUGAGCGCAACCGUGGGACGAGAUUCUACGAACUUUGUUGUCGUUAG